CAAUUCAGCACAUAAGCCACCUCUGAAAUCGCAACUCGCACUCAAAAUGGCCGACGAUUGGCACAACAGUCUCUGCGGCCAGGUCUGCGGUGGCGACUGCGGCACUUGUAUGGGAUCUUGGUUUUGCUCGCCAUGUCUCUUCGGCAGAUCUUGGCAGCGAUUGGAGCAAUUCCCUAACCAGAACAAGGAGGAUUUUAGCAAUUGCAACAGCGGCUGUUGGAUCUUCUGCGGAGCAAGCUGCUUCCACUUUGGCUGGCUUGCGACGCUCCUUAAGCGAAUGGAGUUGAGAGAACGCUUUGGCAUUCAAGGCAAUGGCUGCACUGACUGUCUCGUCUCUUACUUCUGCACUCCAUGUACAUUAGCACAGAUGGAGACGGAGCUCAAAGACCGCGCUGCAUCAGCGCACGUCGGGCACAGCACAAAAGACGCUGGCUACGUUGCGCCCUCGGAAAACAUGAACUACCAGCCUCCAUCAGAGAAGACCGCUGCGCAUACAGGCGACGGAAACCAGAAUCAAUAUCAUCAGCAGCAGCCUCAGUAUGCUCUAUCAUCCUAGGGAUACUGGUCACCGAUGACCACCUAGAGGUUUUCCUCUUCGACGGGACGAAGCUUGAUAUGGAGGCAGCGAGCUGUGGCGAAAUAUGCUGCAGCGGUACAUCAUACUAUUGCCAUUGCAUGCAUGUGCUACGACGGACGAAAGAUACCUCAUGGCGCGGCAAUUUUGACCUUAAUCAAAUAUUCAUGAUCAUCUAUGAAUUUGAGCCACGGGCUUACCACGGCUUCGGCUGUU